AUGGAGGACUCGACCAACUUCAUCGACGAGAACUCGAUCCUCUCGUCCGCAUCGGACGCGACCGCCGCAAGUGCGUCUAAACCCGGCCUGGCAAAGAAAGGGAAGAAGCGACAUCGCGUGACCAUGCCUUCCAAAUCGAGAUCGAAAGUCCAGAAGCCUGCGUCUACAGCUGCGCCGGCCAAAAAGACUGCCGCAAAACGAAUGCCCGCAACGAAACGGAAAGCAUUCGAAGAGCACGCAGAAGAGAUGGACGCCAUUGGAGAGGAGGACCCGGAGGUCUCUGAGGUCGCGCAAGAGGAUGUUGCUCCCAAACCGAAGAAAGCUCCACGCGCGAAGGCUAAGGCGACUGCGAAUGCAACUAAAAGGAUACCAGAGACCAGCGAUCCCACCGAAGACAUGAUGGAGGUCGAGGGAUCGCCUGUCGUCGCACGCUCAAAACACGCCGCGAGUCGAAACACGAAAGACGCGCCCAAGGUUACAAGCAAACCCAGGUCCGCGCCAAAAGCGAAAGCCGUCAAGACGGCCAAGGCGGCGGAUCCAGAAGUAGUAGUGCAAGAAGACGCGGUGGAUGAGAUGGAUGAAGAUUCGCAACCCGUCGUCACGGUAGCCAUACCGAAACAGAAAACCACGACGAGAGAUGCGUCCAAAGCACGACAAGAACCGGGCUACAGGCGAUGCGCAGGAAGCGCGUCUGACACGGAGCGAGGAGAUCCCAAUCUUCGACGCAGACUGGGCGACAUUACGCGCAAACUCGAGAACGUCGACCUGAAGUACCACAAUCUGCGAGAAGUCGGGAUCCACGAGGCGAACGUGAACAUGGAGAAACUCCGCAAGCAAUGCGAUGCCGCCAUGCAAGCGUCCAACAACCUGGUCGCUUCGUUGAAGAAAGAGCUGGCAGCUCAGGCGCCUCUCGCCCAAGAAGCUCGGAAGCUGAAGAAACAGAUGCAAACCCAGGAGGAAGAGAUGGGUACUAUGCGCAAAGCUCUUUCAGACCUGGAGAAUUCUCUAAGCCAUGCGCAAAAUGAGAACAAAGCACUACAGGCGAAACUAGCAGCAGCCAGAGCCCCCUCAGUCGACAAUGCCAGAGCCAAAACGCCAGGGAGUGCGAUCAAAGCCACGGCGCAACGGCCACUCAUGAUUGGAAGCGCCGAAGCUGCUCAAGCCGCGCAGGUGGCGCAGAUGAAGGAAGACCUGUACAGUGAUUUGACGGGUCUCAUCAUCCGCAGCGUAAAGAGGACUGACGAGGGUGAUACCUAUGACUGCAUCCAAACCGGCCGAAAUGGUACAUUGCAUUUCAAGCUAUAUGUUGAUCAAGAGGACGCGAGGACGGCCAGUUUCGAAGAGACCGAGUUCCUCUACACGCCUCUUCUGGAUGCCAAUCGGGACCGUGACAUGAUAGAGUUGAUGCCCAGUUAUCUCACCGAGGACAUCACCUUUGCCAGACAGAACGCGGCCAAAUUCUAUGGACGGGUGGUCGACACCCUGACCAAGCGGCGAGCUGAAGAUUGA